UAUUGUUGUACGAAGACAAGACUUUUUGUUUCGUGUAGAAAAAUGUUGUAAAAUAUAUUAUCACUGUAACUGCAAUUAAAAUCAUUACAAUGAAACCUUUAAUUGAUUUUGACGAAUGUUUAAGAGAUUCCCCAAAAUUUAGGGAACAGCUGGAAACGGAAGAAGCUAGUAUUGAUGGCUUAGAGCAGAAACUUGAUAAAGUCCUCAAGACAUGCUCUUUCAUGAUAGAAUCCGGUAAAACAUACAUGACUCAUAGGAGUGCUUUUACAAAUGCACUAUGGGACUUAAGCAGUAGUUUUUCCGAGGAUCCACCUGUCAUGGCAACCCUGAACCGUAUGAUUCAUGCAUUGCAAGAAAUGAAUAAGUUUCACUCAAUUCUCCUAGACCAGGCAUCCAGAACUGUACUCAAGAAUCUCUCAGCAUUUAUUAAAAUAGAUAUAAAGGGUGUGAAAGAGAGCAAGCAUCAUUUUGAUAAAAUCUCAAAUGAUCUGGACAUAGCUUUAAUAAGAAACUCACAGAUCUCUCGUCACAAGUCCAGCGAUGUGGAGGAGGCGGUUAACCUAUUACUGGCCACCCGCUCUUGCUUCCGACAUACAGCACUCGACCAUGUACAGAAGAUCACAAUGCUGCAAGCUAGAAAGCGACAUGAGAUAUUGGCAACGUUUUUAUCAUACAUGCAAGCUUGCUGCACAUAUUAUCACCAAGGAGCUGAUUUAUCUGAAGAUUUGGAACCCUUCCUCAAAUCAACAGCGGACGAGGUGACAACAAUGCGUGGUGAUACCAAAUCGCUGGAUAAAGAAAUGGAGAACCGGCAUACUAUAGUGAACAGUCAAGAUACUGUUCUGCCAAGUUGCAAAGACCACGCCAAUGAGACUGACUGUAAAGACGGUCUACUUACUUCGCCCUGCCUCAAGAAUUUACCAAGGAUGCAAGGUUACCUCUUCAAAAGAACAUCAAACGCAUUCAAGACUUGGAACAGAAGAUGGUUCUAUUUGUACGACAAUCGAUUAGUUUAUAGAAAAAGAACUGGAGAACUAAAUGUGACAGUAAUGGAAGAGGAUUUACGUUUGUGUACAGUUAAGCCGGUGUUGGAUGGAGAGAGGAGGUUCUGUUUCGAAGUAUUGUCGCCUUCCAAAAGUCACAUGCUGCAAGCUGACUCCGAGGAGAUGGUGGGCGCGUGGAUAGCGGCGCUGCAAAGCGGCAUCCGCUCCGCCAUACAGCAGGGGCGAGGUCGUGACCCGCCUGACACGCAGCUCGUGCUGGUGCCCGACAGAGACCACGCGCACAACCACCCGCAUGCUAAUGACAGGAUGAAGAAAGUCAGGAUAUGGGAGCAGCUGCUGAGUAUCCCGGGCAACAACUACUGCUGUGACUGCAGCAGUCCGAACCCGCGCUGGGCCAGUAUCAAUCUAGGAAUUACACUCUGCAUAGCAUGUUCCGGCGUACACCGCUCGCUCGGAGUGCACGUCAGCAAAGUUCGCUCCCUGACACUGGAUGAUUGGGAACCUGAUAUUAUUAAGGUAAUGGCGGAGCUGGGUAAUAAAAUAGUGAAUUUAAUCUACGAGGCGAACACAGAGGGCACCGACCUCACCAGACCUACUUCCAAUUGUGAAACGUCAGUACGCGAGGCGUGGAUUCGCGCCAAGUAUGUGUCGCUGUCGUUCGUACGCAACGUGACCGCGUGCGAGCGCGCCCCGCCCCAAACCCCGCCCCAUUCCCCGCCCCACUCUCCGCCCCACUCGCCGUCCAACUCGCCGCCACCCACACGCGCCGCACGACGGUGGUCCGUGAGACGAGCUAGGCGCAGAGUCCGAGCACAACCGACUGUACCAGAAACUAUCGCGGAUGAGAAGAGUGAUGUCAAUAGUAAUACUAGUGUAUCGGAGAGCGGCAGCAAGAGUUCAGGCAGCCCCGUGCUGCUGAUCGGCAGCGAGCUGGCCGGCGAGCGCGACAUCGAUCUCAGUCUACCAUCAGACCAUGACUCCACUGAGGGCGAUGAUACAGACGAACUAGAAGCGGAGGAUCUGUCGAGCCUGAGUGCGGACGCGGUGCUGUGCCGUGCGGCGCGUGCGCACAACGUGUGCGUGAUGCGCGCCGCGCUCGCCGCCGGGGCCUCGCCCACUGCCACCGCACCGCGUCUGCGCACCCCGCUGCACGCCGCCGUGCUUAGUGGUUCAGUGAUGGCUUGCUCGUUCCUGUUGCUGAACGGCAGCAAGCUGAACGCGCAGGACGAGGACGGCAAAACUCCGCUGCAUCUGGCCACAGAGGCUGGACACACUGGACAGGUGUGCCUGUUGCUUCGAUACCGAGCAGACCAGUCUAUAAAGGACAACGAGGGUCACACGCCGCUGGACAUCGCGGUCGAGCACGCCAACGCUGACAUUGUCACUUUGUUACGUCUAACGAAGUUGAAUGAGGAGAUGCGCGAGAACGAGAUGUCAUCAAAUGACGACACAUACAACGAGGUGUUCCGCGACUACACGCAGCUCGCGCACUCGCACCCCGAGCGUCUCGUGCGCGCGCGACACAACAACAAUGACGGUGAACAGAGCAGUGAAUGAUGACCGGGACGUCUCCGUCGCUGGAGAUAUUUGUGGUGCGAAUGAACAUUGUUGAUUCCUGACUGAAAACUUCGCAUUUCUUACUAUCUGACCUUUUAAAGCUAAGUACCCUAAAAUUUGUCUCAUUACAUAUUGAUAUUGCUUUUAUGUCUAUUUAAAAUGUAAUUCUCAUUAAAAUAAUCCACAAAAAAUACAAUUAAUUGUGUUAAUUGCUUACAUUUCUUGUUAAUAAUUAAAUAUUAUCAAUAUUAUUAGAACCUUAUCAAGUUUAGAAAUGACUUACGAUCGUUCCUAAUUAACUAAUUCUUAGGUAAUUUUGACAGAGUUUGAUGUUUGUACUCUGUAGUUUAGUAUCGCAUAACACUUUCAAUGCUCCCAUUUAAGUGUGAAAAUGAACUCGCCAGGUAGCAUUGAAUGGGUUAAAUUCCAGUUUAAUAAAUGUCCCAGUAUUCUUAUAUUUUGAUAGUUCUAUCUAUGAAUAAUAUAAAAUUGACAUUCAUCAUUCGAUUUGUCAUAAAACUUCUCAAAUAGCUUUAAAUCAAUUGGAAAGUUUAAGGAAUUGAUAAAUGUUGUUUAAAGAUAGUUUUACCGUUGGUUUCUGAGACCAAAUCUGUAUAAAAUAUAUCUUCAUCCCUGUCAUUAUCUUUGAUGAAAUAGAAAUAACAAUACGUUUUAAAUGGGGAUUUUGGUCUUAGAAACCCAACAUUAGAAGAAUGUUCAUAUAACUUUGUGACAUACUUUAAUUUUCUCCAACACACAUUUACAUUAUGGAAGUUAAUUAAAACAUGAAGGCUAAAAAUGUGCCAUUUUGGUGUAGACAGGACAUAUUAACAUGACGUAUGUAUGCAUGUACGUACGUAUGUAUCUGUCAUUUUUUAUAUUUAACAAUA